UUUUGCGACCAGUCGCGACGAGCAUCCAUCGAAUUCGACGACGAAAGCAUCGAACUCUCCGUGUUCGCCCAUCAGAAUGUCCUCCAGGCUUGAGUGGAUGCUGCUAGCACUAGGGUUGGUCCUUCUCGCACGCUCAGGUGCGGCUUUAAGAUGCUGGGACUGCGCGUCCAAUACGAACGCUUUGUGCGGCGACCCAAUGAAUAUCACGGAACAUCAAUCGACUUUCCGUACGAAAGUAUGCGAGAGCGGCUACUAUGAUACAACGAAGCCCAUAUGCCGGAAAAUCGUGAAGAGAGAAAAUGGCGAACGAGUGGUGAUCCGUCAGUGUUCAACCCCCAACGUCGACGAAGCAGACAUAGUGAACGGCCCCUGCAGCGCAAUGGCGAUCUCAGGACGCAACAUGAUCGAAUCCUGCCACAUUUGCAGCACCGACCUCUGCAACUCGGCGACGAGUGCACCGAUUAUGUUGCCUCUCUACGUCGUCGCGAUGGCCGCUAUCGGUUAUCGUUUCUUCCAAUCGAAGAACAUCCUCUAAUAUCGAUCCCCUUCGUGCACUCAAAAACCCCUAAAAAGGAGGGUGUCGUUUUCAAAGCCAAAAGGGAAACUGUCAGAAUCGUCGUGAGUUGAAACGCAAUCAGCAGUACGUGAGUUUCUUUCCCAGUCUAGCAAAAAUAAAACGUUCUUACGAGGAUAUACUUAAAUACGUCUGCUCUGGGAAUUCAUAUUACUCUUCUUAUUUUAUCUUUUUGUCAUCUUAGUCCUCGAGCACGAUUCCAUUUGACUGUUUGAGGACUUAGUGGUCCUCAGCGUUUAGCGGUCAACCUUUCGCUGCAUUCUGGUGCAUACCUGCAACAUUCGAAUAAUUGCUAUUGCAGUAAAUAAGUUGUACGUUAAAGAAAAUUGAAAACGUUUCCUAAAUUUGACAAGGAUCUUGAAUUGUUACUCUAUAGUUUUCGUCCAUACAAAAUUCCGAUUUGUUGGAUUAGAUCUGAAGAAAUGGGUGUAGCGAAGGGUUGCUAAAGAUUGUUACCUCCUCCCCCACAGCGUUGCUUUCAAUUUUCGUUGUCGCGCACGACGUUGCAUUAAGACGGUUCCAAAGUGGCGACUAUCGAACACGUUAGCGUUUUAUAGUUAGAUACCUCGUUAGCCGUGGUACUAAAUAGACCAUUCGACGCGCGUUUCACCUAGUUACGCUAACGCGCUGAAAGCUUUACUUAAUUUAAUCGUCCCGCGUAACGAUCUACGAUAGUUUCGUUAAAAAGGAAAACACGGUUCCAAAUGAGAUGAUUAUUUUUGUACCAUAUAUUGUGUAUAUAGAUCCGACAGGUCGGUGACGUGGUUGUACGAUAAAGGGAAAUUGUUCAUUUGAAUUUGCCACGUCACCAUUCAUGUUACUCUUGAUUGAUCGAGGCGGGGUUCUGGAUCAUUGGCUCGUGAAAUGAGUCACUUUCAGGAGUGAUUGUUUCAGGGCGAAAAAAUAUUGGAGGAUAUUCAAAUUCGUCACUGUUAUUCGGCAACGUUGUGACUAUGAUAGAAAUUUAAAUUGGAAAAAAAUUUUAAUUUUUCUUGUAAACGAACUCAGAGCCCUGCCUUAAUACGCGUUUAAAACCGCACGCUAUUGUAGAUAGUGCCCUUUCCUCCUUUUAUUCUAAGCUCUCUCCCUCUCUCUCUCUCUCUCUUUGUCUUUCUCUCUCGCUCCAUUAUUUCUUGUAUUGCGAAAUUACUUUAAAAGGCAAAAGCAAGCGGAAAAUGUAGCUUAUCAGGUAUCCGUCCAACGCUUAGAAAAACGCGAAAUUUUUUUCCAUGAUACUUCGUGGCCAGCGAAUGUCUGCGUUUCGUUUAAGUAGCGUUUCGUUGUAAUUUUUGUUACUUUUUCAGAAAAUUCAUCAAUUUUUAGUAGUUGUAGAUUAGGUGUUUGUCUGCGAAUAAAUUGCUUUGUUGCUAUGUUUUUUUUUCUCCCUUAGAGUAGAGCAGGAUUGCCGCGACAUGUACUUUGUAAAACCGAUUAAAUUUAUUAUAUAUAAUAUAUGUAUAUGUAUAUCUGAAUCGAAAUGUUUCUCGUAA